AUGGAAGAGGACCGAAAUUGUGAUUCGCUAACUAAAACAUCCGAGCGAACAGUUAAACAAACGUUUCAAGUGUCUAGCACAGCUCAGUCCGGGAUCAGUCCCUCAUUUAAUUCACCCACAAGUAUAACCACACCCACAUCCGUACUAACUACGAUGUCAACUGCUAUACAUGAGUCAGCACUGAUGGUAUGUUAUAAAGAAAGUUUACAAAAUCUCGCAAAAUUUACCGGAGAAGAAAUAAAAAAAAUUUCUCAAUUUAUAAACAAUAUUGAAAGAAUUGGGAAAAUGAUUGAAGCGAAAGACGAAGUUUUAUACUGCAUGUGUACAGCAAAAUUAAAUGGAGAAGCACAACGUUGGUAUGAAGGUAAUACAUCAUUAACCGAAUGGAAUGCUUUAAAAGAAGCAUUGUUCGAACGAUUUGAACCCACAGAAUCAUUAUCAAAAAUAUCUGAACAAUUGAAAGACCGGAAACAACAAUCAGAUGAAACAAUCACGUCAUAUUACGCCGCUAUUAUUAAAUUAUGUCGUGAAUAUGACCCAUCAAUGUCUCAAAGAAUGAUGAUAUCGUGGCUAGAAAAUGGUGUCAAAGAUUCAAUCAAAAUUCAAAUAAAACGUCAAAUGAAAGCACUCACGGAAUCAGCAAGAACAAUUCAGGCAUUUUUUAAAAUUGCCAAAGACGAACAAGAACUAUAA